GCGGUACUUCCGUUCAUCAGCGAGCAACCUGUUGGCGCGCUUCAUCUGCUUGAAGAAGUGAAACACUUGGGUUCUCGAUGUAGGCAGCAGCGGUGAUGCAGUUCUAACGCGGGAUAGCUGUGCAACCAUUCUGCAGGUUGACUGUUGACUGGAUGUUACGGGAAAAGACUUCUAAAAGAGUGCUUGGUUGCAACUGCACUUGCUUGUUUCCCCAACCAGCCAUGCAUGCAAGCAUCCCUGCUAUUGCUUGGAAGUAACUGGACGACCUCGCCGGUUGGCUGCUGGAUGGAAAUAUUUCCUUCACCCAAUGGUGUUUGUUUGCUCUGCUGAAUCUAUAUGGCCAGGCGAGACGAAGCGAAGGAGGGAGCUCACGAAACUGGACAUCGGCGGAGUGUGACCAACUGAUUCUUUUCUUAGCGUCCGAUACCGGUACCUCCCAGGUUUUCUCCUUCUCCUCCAGUUAGCAGCCAAGCAAGCAGACUUCCAGAGGUCAAGCACAUCGGUCAAUGUCACUUUCUGCGUUAAAAAGGGCAGAGUUCAGUAUCCUAUUCUUCAACAGAGUACGGAGCAAAAAUCCCUCCACUAGCACUAAGCUUGUACGGCUGUAUUUGGCACAUGCAUAAUGUACUGUACCGUAGCCCUCACUCUGGAUGAUGGAGAUUCUGGACGGCCCCUUCAUAUGUGGCUCAAAAUUCGCAUCAUCAUCACCAUCCAUUCGUCAAUGGGGGACUGCGAACAAGCAAUUUGAAAACUUAAGGAGUUCAUUACAGUGUACGUUCAUGACCGGCCGGUAGCAACAAGAGCAGUCAUCUUGCCUUCCUUUCCCAGAAUGUUACUCGAAAUUGCUUUUUACAGUCUGGCUGGAAGUACGUCCUCGUAGAUCUCAUGGUGUUGUCAUCAAGGGCCUACUGCUUAUUCUUCUACCAUAACAGAAGCCCCGCAAUGAGAUGAGGAAUGAAGAUUGAAGGUCUUGUGGCUGUUCGUGGAAAAGUUUCUUCGUACGAUGUAAACUGGGCCUGAACGCCAGCCAGUCACACUAUUCCGAAGGCCAAAAUAUCAAAAAAUUCGAAAGUCUCCCGUCACUGAUUCGAUUCGACUUGAAAGAGGUCUCGAUUACAUUUCGCGCGAGCUGCGCGUGCGUUCAAAGCUUGACAGAGGGCACGCCACCAUUGCCAUCAUGGCCCACACAAAAGAAAAGCGGCGAUCACCCAAUCCACCCUUCAUCCCAAAGGACGAAACUCAGACAGUAGUGCCAAGUGCAUACUAGUAGUAGAGAAAACAAUGAGACCCCGAAGAGGCCGCGUGGACGGCAUCAUGAUCUUCAAUGGCAUGGUAGCAGUAGCCGUGGGCGCCAUAUCAGGUCGAUAUAUUUUCAAACAACCGUUAGAAGAUUACUGGAAACAAAAGGCGGCCGAACAAGCAGCUUCAUCAUCUGCCAGUACUACUAAUAGUCAAACGCAACAACAACAAUCAUCACCUCCAUCCAAAACCUAACUAAAUAAUAGCGAACAAUGCCAUGUAGAAGUACUAUCAUUUCUCGAAUUUUCCUCUACGUAUAAUCUAGACAUGAACAACGGUACAAUUCCAUGCAAAUUUAGUUAGCUAGCAACUCCACG